CACAGACCCACAGCGAGACCGACACACACGCACACUCGCGCGCACACACAACUGCACGCCACCAACCUCCUCGGGAAGUCGGGCCGGCUCCUCUCUCCGACGCCUCCUCCGCUCCUAGCCUGCCGGGUCUCCCUAGGGGCCUGCAGCUCGGGCCCGGCCACUCCUCCUGCCCCGAAGAGGACGAGCUCAGCAGACCCCCGGCUCCUCCAUGGGCAAACGCGGGCGGCCGCGCAAGGAGGCGCGCGGCGAGGGCGCGGGGCUGGCCCCCGCCGCGGCCGCGCCCCAAUCCCCGGUCCAGCCUGAGGACCCCGCGGGGGGCAGGCCCAGGUGCCCCUUCUCGGACAUUUUCAACACCAGCGAGAACUCGAUGGAGAAGCACAUCAACACUUUCCUGCAGAACGUGCAGAUCCUGCUCGAGGCCGCCAGCUACCUGGAGCAGAUCGAGAAAGAAAACAAAAAGUGUGAACAUGGCUACGCCUCGUCGUUCCCCUCCAUGCAGAGCCCCCGCCUGCAGCACUCCAAGCCCCCCCGGAGGUUAAGCCGGGCACAGAAACACAGCAGUGGGAGCAGCAACACCAGCACUGCCAACAGAUCCACACACAAUGAGCUGGAAAAGAAUCGACGAGCUCAUCUGCGUCUAUGUUUAGAACGCUUGAAAGUUCUGAUUCCACUAGGACCAGACUGCACCAGGCAUACAACCCUCGGUUUGCUCAACAAAGCCAAAGCACACAUCAAGAAACUUGAAGAAGCCGAGAGGAAGAGCCAGCACCAGCUCGAGGACUUGGAACGGGAGCAGAGGUUUCUGAAGCGGAGACUGGAACAGCUGCAGGGCCCUCAGGAGGUGGAGCGGAUACGGACGGACAGCAUCGGAUCCACCAUUUCCUCCGAUCGCUCUGAUUCGGAGCGAGAGGAGAUUGAAGUGGAUGUUGAAAGCACAGAGUUCUCCCAUGGAGAAGUGGACAAUAUAAGUACCACCAGCAUCAGUGACAUUGAUGACCACAGCAGCCUGCAGAGUGUUGGGAGCGACGAGGGCUACUCCAGUGCCAGUGUCAAACUUUCGUUCACUUCCUAGAACCCAGCAUGACGUAACAAGUGCAGGGCAAAAUCAUCAGUGGGCCAAUUCAGUACAAUCUCUUCAAUUGGGUUCAUGAUGCAGUCUCCUCUUUAAAACUAAAUGAAAGAAAACUAUACUUGAACAAAGGGGUCAGAAGACCUGUAUUUAAGCAAAUACUUAGCAAAAAGUGGGGCGCAGCCUCUCCAGCAGAACAAACACUCAUAUUGGAAAAAUGAGUUUCUAACAGCAACAAACUUGUCUGAAAUUUUGAUUUGAUUUAGUUCAUUCAAAAGAGGACACUGGAGAUGCCAUCCUCUUUUUCUGAGUUUUCUCAAACCAUGUUGAGUAAACAGAAAGAAUGGGAUCAUGUUCCCAUUCUGAGCUUUAUGGCCCUAAAAAAAAAAAAAAGAAAAAAAAGAAAAAUCAAACCUAUAGAAAUGAAGACAAGAUAAUCAGGCAUUAUUCCUGGAUAGCUAAAGCUAUUACAACUUAGCCUGGGACAGUUUAUCAUGAAGCCUGUGGAUGAUGAAUUCAUUAGAAAAAUUUAAAAAGCUCAUUUCAUGCUCUACGAAAGGAGAGACGCCCAUGAAGCCUUUUGCAAGGGAUCAUCAUGCAGCUCGGCUUUCUGUUGGAUUCCAUGCUAAGCUAGCCUCCCCUGCGUCAUUAGCACUAGGGCACCCAGCUGCCCACUUGCCAGCCCACCGUCCUGGGCCGCACGGGGGCAGUCCAUGCAUGGCAGCCUCUGUCACACAGGCCUGGGAGUCACGGACUUGGGGAGCCAGGAGGGAAAAGCCCCACGUGCCUCUGUCUGCAUGGGUCAGGAAAGUUGUGCACACAUUAGCAGGCCAAGGUCUGAGCCAUGGCAGCAUUUUUAUUUCAGAUUUUGAUAACUGUUUGUAUGUGUUGAAAACCAAAAUGACAUCUUUUUAAAGCUUGUCCAUAGGAAAAAUAGAUGUCUUUUAUAGUGGAAAAACACAUGGGAAAAAAAUCAUCUAUUUUGAUGCAGCAUUUGAUAAUGAUAAAACACCUCACUCUUUAUAGUGCACAAAGUGAAUGAGGUCUGGUUAGGUUAAGAAAAGUCAAUGCUGUUUUUGUUUUUUUUCGAAUCAUUACUUUUACCAUCUUUUAACCAUCUGAUAUCUAUAGUAGACACACUAUCAUAGUUAACAUAGUUAAGUUCAGCACUUGUGUCAUUUUAAUGUUAAGAUUUGCUUCCAUUUCCCUACAGGCAGUCUCUCCCUCCUCACAAUCCUGUUGUGCAGGUGCUAUUGUUGCUCUUAUGAAUAUUUUCAGAAAUGUUAUUUUCUUCUAAGUGAAAUUUCUAGCCUGCACUUUGAUGUCAUGUGUUUCCCUGUCUUUCAAACUCCAAGCGUCUGGCCCUGUCCCCUGGGAAGCCUUCUUGGAGACUGCCCCGGCUGUUUGGACUUUGUAUACUUUAAAUAAUUUAACUGCCCUUAAUUACUUAAAAAAAAAAAAGCUUUAUGAUUUUCAUAACUUAUUGCUGAUUUUAAUGGGUUGUUAAUUUCAGUCCUAUAGUUUUAUUUUAUGUUUAGAUAGGGCUGGGCAAGAAAAAAUAAAAUAAAGACAACCGUAUUUAGCAGUGCA